GAUAUAUAGUCGUCGGUCCCCAGCUCCAUUCGCCAUUCUUCAAUCCAGAGCUUCCUGUGCGGCACGUGCCAUUUCAUCUCAUCCUCGAGAAAUCCCUUUGCAAAGGAAGUGACUCCAAAAUGGCAGACAAACUCCUGACAGUCUUCUCCCUCCUGGCCAUCGCUGGAUCCUGCCUUGGUGGAUUCGCGGCCACCUAUGCGGGUUACCACCCGGCCUAUGCCACCUACCAGGCUCCAGCUGCCGUCUACCAUGCCGCUCCAGUGGCCCAGGCGGCUGUCUACCACCAGGCUGCUCCGGUUUUCGCCAAGACGGUGGUGCCAGCUGCUCCCGUGUACACCCGAUCCUAUGCCCUGCCUGCUCCAGUGGUCAGGACUGUGGCUGCUCCUCUUCCAGUGGCUGCUACAGUGGUCAAAACCGUAGCUCCAGUUCUCAAGCAGGUGGAGUUGGAGUCCUCGCCGCGAUAUGACUUCUCCUACGGCGUCCAUGACAGCAUCACCGGGGACAUCAAGAGCCAGGUGGAGACCCGCGAUGGCGGCAAUGUGGUGGGAUCCUACUCCGUCCUGGAUGCCGAUGGUUUCAAGCGCACGGUGACCUACACCGCCGAUGAUAUCAAUGGAUUCAAUGCGGUGGUCCACAGGGAACCAGUGGUGGCUGCCCGUGCUGUGGUGCCAGCUGUGGCCUCAGCUGUGGUCUCAGCUCCAGCUCCAGCUCCUCUGCCCGUCCAUGUUCCCGCUCCCGUGGCCUCGCUGCCCGCCCCCAUCUACUAUCCCCACCAUCAGCAGGUGUUUGCCCCCCAGCAGCAGGUGCAACAGGUGGCCGAGCAGCAGGGUGAGGUGGUGGAGGCCCCAGUGGCCACUCAGCCGGAGCUGGAACCCACACCCAUCGACUACAACGAGGGUCAGCAGGAGCAGCAGCAGCAGCAGCAGGAGCAGGGGCAGUCCUAUCCCCAGGAACAGCAGGGACAGAACUAUCCCCAGGACCAGCAGUUCCCGCCCUUCUCCCCGGCUGGCCAAUCCUCUCCAGCUCCCGACAGCGAUGACUCCGAUGUGGUGGAGGCACGAUCUGCCCCUGAGUCAAGCAGCAGCACCACCUCCACCACCGCGGCUCCAGUUGCGGAGGAUAACCAGAAGACAGCCUAAGUUGGGGUACGACCGGAAAUAUUGUUGA